AGACAGGCAGACGUGAGCUGAGGGCAGCAGAGGCAGGCAGUACGUCUGAGGGUCCCGCUGAAGCAUGGCAAGCGGCAUCGAUGUGGUGGCCAUGGACUGCGAGAUGGUGGGGCUGGGGCCCGGCCGGCAGAGUGGCUUGGCUCGCUGCAGCCUUGUGGACUUCCAUGGCACCGUGCUCUACGACAAGUUCAUCCGGCCCGAGGGGGAGAUCACUGAUUACAGGACCCCAGUCAGUGGGAUCACGCCUCGGCUCAUGGAGGCGGCCACGCCGUUUGCCGUGGCCCGGCAGGAGAUCCUGCAGCUCCUGAGAGGCAAGCUGGUGGUGGGUCACGACCUGAAGCAUGACUUCCAGGCGCUGAAAGAGAACAUGAGCAACUACACCAUCUACGACACAUCCACCGACAGGCUGCUGUGGCGAGAAGCCAACCUGCUAUCCUGCAAGCGGGUCUCCCUCCGGGUGCUCAGUGAGCGUCUCCUCGGGCGGCACAUCCAGAACAGCCGCUUCGGACACAGCUCGGUGGAAGAUGCCAGGGCGACCAUGGAACUCUACCGGAUCUCCCAGCGCAUUCGAGCUCGCUGA